CUGCGAGUGCUCCAAACUUCUGCAUCAGGACCAGAGUGAACCAGAUAGUUUUGUGGACAGGUGUUUUAUCCGGAGUCAGAUGUUUGCUGCCGCACAUGUCUGUGAAACACACAGAUAACACAGUGACAAUUAGAUAAAUAGUGAAAACUAAAAAAAAUGAGCCCGGUUGUGUUCCUCCUGCUUCUCUUUCUGCGGACAGCGGAGCUCCGCAGCGUUUCCUCAGACACAGGGAUUCAGCUCGGGUCCACGCGGGAGGAGGAUGGGGGCACGCCGGCUGCAGAGAUGGAUGAAUCUCCCUUUCUGGAGAAAACUUCACCAGACCCUGUUGAACGUUGGAAAUCCCACGUUCUGAGGCGUGGAGCCAAAGGUGGGAACAGGAAAAGAGACCCGCACUUAACGAGCAGCUAUGGGCAACAACGUCGUCACGACGAGCCAGACAGUUUCUUCACCACACCACGGGACGACCGUUACACCUCAUCCCCGACGAGUAACGUGUCGGGGGGUCGGGGCUCCGGGUUCCUCAACCCACUGUUCCCGGUCACCGACGGAGCAUACUGGGCUUACGCGGUCAUGCUGCUCGCGCUCGUGCUAUUCGCCGCAGGUAUCGUGGGGAACCUCGCGCUCAUGUGCAUUGUUUGGCACAAUUUCUACCUGAAGAGCGCGUGGAACUGCAUCCUCGCGGGGCUGGCUUUCUGGGACUUCCUCGUGCUCUUCUUCUGCCUGCCCGUGGUCGUCUUCCACGAGCUCACCUUGAGGAGGUUGCUAGGAGACCUGUCCUGUCGGCUCGUGCCAUAUCUGGAGGUGACGUCUCUGGGUAUUGCUACAUUCAGUCUCUGUGCACUGAGUAUCGAUCGUUUCCACGCAGCCACCAGCCCUGGGCCCCUGCAGUCAUCGAAAGUGGAGCCAUGUCAGUCCAUCCUAUCCAAGCUGGCUGUCAUCUGGGUGGGCUCCAUGCUGCUGGCUGCGCCUGAGCUGCUUCUGUGGCAACUCCUCCAAGAAACUGUGAGCCUUCCAAUGCUCCCCACUGACCUGCAGCAGAGCCAGUUGCGGGGGUCACUUAUAACAGCAUUCAGAACCCGAACUGAGGUGUUUAAAGUGGAUAUCUGUGUCCGGGAGCCGUCUGUGGAGCUCCCAGAGAACAUCUACUCUCUGGUGCUGACCUACCACGAGGCCCGCAUGUGGUGGUUCUUUGGGUGCUACAUCUGUUUGCCACUUCUCUUCACCCUGGCUUGUGACUUGGUGACGAGACAAGUGUUAGCCCAGCGUCUGCUACAGAAACCUGAGGGUGAUAAGGUGACCAGCAGAUGCUCCUCCUCCUCCUCCUCUUCGACUUUCUCCUCGAAAAAGAAAAAGCAGCAUGUGAGGGAGCAUAGGCUGCGCUCCACUGUGAUGGCACUCACCAUCUUGUACAUCACAUGCAACCUGCCGGAGAGCAUUUGUAACAUCACCCUGGCGUACAUCUCUGUCCCGACAUCCUCGGUGCUGCCAGCUCUCAUUGUACCGGCACUUGGUUUGAUUGGACAGUUCCUGUUGUUUGUGCGUUGCUCUGCGACGCCGGUGCUGCUGCUGUGCUUGUGUCGCUCUCUGGGUCAGGCCUUCAUGGACUGCUGCUGCUGCUGCUGUGAAGAAUGUGUCCCUGAUAGCAGCUCCUCCUCAUCCUCUUCAGCGUCGGCUGCCGCCACCUCUACCCUCUCCUCACCCACCUCGCUCUCUCCGUCCUCCCUGUCUCCAUCCAGUAAGGAGGAGAUGAUGAAGAGCGUGAUGGAGGCAGAACCUGUGCUUUGUGACAGGGCCAAAGACUCUUCAGUAGCGAUUGGAACACCUUGCUGAAUUUCAGAACUGGCCCACAUAUGACUUUAAAAGAUUGUGAUUGUUGAAGAUUUAUUACACAUUUGCUUUUAUUUAAAUAGUUUUAAACAUCAUUUUUAUCAGAAAUUUAAAAAGUACACUUUGUUAAUUCAUGGCUGAGAUCUGUGAGCAUGAUCUCGUCACUAAAAAGAAAUCUCAGGGGUCAAGAAAGAUGAGCAGUUAUACUACAUUGUGAAUAUGUAUGUGAAUGUAUCUUCAGACGUUCAGAUACAGGCAAAUGGACUUGCUUUGGUUGCCUAUUGUAACCAAAGUAAGUCUCAACAUGUCAAUGUCCCUCAAACACAGUAUAUCCCACUCAGGAAAUAUGGCUCUAAUAUUCUGGUGGUCACAGAACUUCUUAAAGGUAAACGAGAUUAGCUUAUUAAAUGUGUGUGAUAUAAAUCCCCUUCUCCGAUCUCAGCAUUGAUGUUAACAAGUGUAACGUUGAUAUAGCUGAUUUAAAUAAUGUGUAAAACUACCAACGUAAAACCCAAGCUGUAAUAAAGUGGUUAUAAUCUUUUAUUCUCAGUCUGUAUGAACUGAUAAUGUAGUAGCACUUAAGAGUUAGUUAUGUUAAGAGUAUGCUCUAAAAGUUUAGAGUUUAGAUGGAUUUAAUCAUGUUAUUGAAGGACUCAUUAGUUUUUACAUUUAUUCUUAAACAUUUUUUUUACAUGUUGUAGUUAUUAAUAUGUGUCUAAUACUCAUUCAGUACAUCAGUGGAAUCUGCUCUUAGGACUAUACGACAGAGAGACACCGGAUGACUUUUGGUUUCAGGGUUAAACUGAAGAUGAAGACAUACUGAGACUUUUGUCAGUUAACUGACAAACUGCUGUUUCUGAACUGUUCUUUGUAUAUUUGUGUGUUUUUUUUUAAAUGAUCUCUCUUGCUGCUGCUGGCUCUUGUAUUCUUCAAUUACAGAGUGUUGUAAUUGUAAACAUAGUUACAUGACUGAAAUGUAUCCUGUGUAGUCAGUAGGUUAAAAACACACGAUGAAUGAUCAGAUUUUGUGUGACUUUUUUACUUGUUUAAUUACAUUUGGUUUAGUAAAGUUUGUAUUUUCUUC